UGACAGGGGGCUGCUCUGAGCAACAGUUUCACUGGAACGGUGACGAAUGGAGAUGGGAAGUUAGGGGGUUUCAAGGUGUCGUCUCUGUUAUUAGGAGAGUUAACGGCACUUCCUCCUGAUAACACUACUUGACACUUCUGUUGAUGGAUUUGGCUCAUCAGGAGUUGUCCCUGGCUAACCAAUUUUCGAAGCUCAAGAUACCUGAUGGAGCCAUACGUAAAUCCAGGGCUGAUAUGUACAGGCGUGGCUGUGGUGUAUGUUAACUAUCUCAACAAUCUGGAGGAGGAGGAUAUGUAUACAAGCGUGGUUAUUGUGUGAAUCCUGGUGUGGAAACGCCACAAAAUCCAAGGCCAGCAGAACAAUCGAUCUUUGCAAUAAUCCCAUGACAAAGGAACCAUAGCUUCAGGUUAACUAAUGGGUGUUAGAAGAAUUGUAACUGAAUGGCCCGAUCUUGAUCUCUAGGCACGGAAAUUCACAGCAAAAAUCUUGGGUGAAGAUAUGGAACUCAAGGAGCCUGUAGCUGCUGUAACAGAAGAGCCUAAUCCUUCUUCAUCAAGAGGAGAAGAAAACCAUCAAUCUUGGAUAUUUGCUAGGAGGAGAUUGAAUAUUUGAAGCAAAACAUGUACUGUGCAUUAUUUGAAGCAGAGAUGGCGUCUCCAAAAACUUUCAGAGGAGAGAUUAUUAAGAGAAACUAUGAGGAUCAUUGAAGACCUCAUAGACAUUAAACGACAUCCUCUCUGUUUUGUUCUGUAAGAAUGUCAUGUAUUAGGUACACGAGUUGCUCGAGAAAGUGGGUUCCUAGGAGGGACAAAUAUCAAAUGGACAAUACUAAAAUGGGAUUCUCUGGUUGGUAAAUGUAUAUGAUAAGAAAAGAGCCGCUAUAGAUGCCAGUUUAGCCCUUCAACAGGUAAAAGACUUCUCACAUAUCUUGAGUCUCUUGUACCUUGGUUCUUUAAGAUAAUCAUGUGCUCAUUAUUUUUCUUGAUCUUUAUCUGAAGAAGGCGAAUAAACGCGUCAUGGUCUUGUCUCUUGUCUUGCAUAUGCAGUUCUAGCUUCUUCUUAAUGAAAUUUCAAACAUGAUGCAACCUUAUUUACUCGUUUACGCGCAAGCAGCCGAAAUGAAAAAGAGAGCCGUUACAAAAACAGAGAAUCCGGAAGAUAACUCCUAUGUGUCACAUGCAGCAUGUUUCUGCUUAAAACCUUUUAUAUAACAACCUUCCACAAUCACAUUCUAAAAUUCAAACAAACACACAAACGAGAAAAAAAUGAUGAGAAUCCAAAGUGGAGGAUAUGCGUUUAUUAUAGUUGCAGUGAUGGCGUCUGUUAUAACACAACAGCCUGAGUUGGUGACCGGACAAGCUAGAGUUCCUGCUAUGUUUGUGCUCGGAGACUCACUGGUCGAUGUUGGGAACAACAACUUUCUAGCAACCAUAGCUAGAGCCAACUACUUGCCUUAUGGUAUAGACUUAAACUUCCGUCCUACUGGCAGGUUUAGCAACGGCUUGAACUUCAUUGAUCUGCUUGCUCAGUUGUUAGGAAUCUCCUCACCUCCUCCCUUUGCUGAUCCAACAACAUCAGGCAAUAGAAUCCUCGGUGGAGUUAACUUUGCAUCUGCAGCUGCUGGCAUCCUUGAUGAAUCAGGCCAAAACUAUGGAGAUAGAUUCACCAUGAACCGGCAAAUGGUGAACCUAGGGACGACCGUGACCCAGUUAAGAACCAUGAUGAGCCCUCAAAACUUAACGGAUUACUUGGCAAGAUCGCUUGUGAUUCUCGUUUUUGGAAGCAAUGACUAUAUCAACAACUACCUUAUGCCUAAUCUCUACUCCUCCAGCAUCAGAUACAGACCGCCUGAGUUCGCCAACCUACUUCUCAGUCAAUACGCUCGACAACUUCUUACACUGUACGGCCUAGGUCUAAGGAAAAUAUACAUAACUGGAGUAGCACCACUAGGCUGCAUACCAAGCCAAAGAGCCACAGGAGUUGGACCACCCGGGAGAUGUGUUGACACAGUGAACCAGAUACUAGGAACGUUUAACCAAGGGAUAAGAUCAAUUGUUGACCAGCUGAACCAACGCUUACCUGGAGCCAUCUAUGUAUACGGUAACACAUAUGGUGCCUUUGGUGACAUGCUAAACAACCCAGCUGCUUAUGGACUGAGUGUAGUGGACAGGGCUUGUUGUGGGGUUGGGAGGAACCAAGGACAAAUCAAUUGUUUGCCGUUGCAGAACCCAUGUCCUAACAGGUCACAGUAUCUGUUUUGGGAUGCAUUUCAUCCUACUCAGAGUGCUCUCUCUGUUCUGGCUAGACGAGCUUUCUAUGGACCACCUAACGACGCAUAUCCUGUCAAUAUCCAACAGAUGACUCUCCUUCACUAGUUUUUUUUUUUGUGUGUGUGUUUUCUCUGAGUCUCAAAGAUAUAACAUAUGUUGCUGCUAAUAAAUAUAUAGGCAUGUAAGAUAGUGAACUCUUUCAAAGUAAAUCUAAAGCUGUUGUUAUGCGCAUAACAUG